UACUUUUUGUAAACACACCCCCCACCUCUUUGCUAUGCCGUCAGAACUUCUAAACGGAGACGACGCUACUGCCUUGGUUGCCUUGACCUUGAGCGAGAACGUACACGCCUCUAGAACACCUUUGGUCAGCACAUCCUACACUCUCUCAGGACAAAAUGCCAAGGUCACCUCGGACGUGUCUGUCGAUGCCAACCGUGCCGUUUCAGCUUCACUCUUGUCUUCAGCCGAACUUCUCCAGGCCAUUCCUCACCUCUAUCAACUCGCUGCUACCCAGACUGGCCAGGUGCUUCACGUAUCAGCUGGAGAAUCCACAGAGAAGAGCUUUGGCGAUUAUUCACACAUUAUGGCCGUGCGCCAGGCUGGUCUUGGUUUAUUGAGCUCUUCAACCGUUCAGGAAGCCUAUGAUCUGGCUAUCAUUGCUCACGCCGUCGCCAUCCAGACCUCGACUCCAUUCAUUCACUUUUAUGACAGCCAGCGUGUAUCGAGCGAAUACGCAACCGUCCAGACAGUCGCACCCGAAAUUCUCCAACAGCUCAUUACCCCUGAACAAAUCGAGUCAUACAAGCAAAAGUCACUCCCGGCUCCCCAGACAGCCUACCUUCGCUACAAGGCCUCGCAGGAUCAAUCAGCAGACGCAGUGGUGGUGGAUGUGUCAGAAACUGUCAAAAAUGUCAUGGCUCAAUUUGGAACUUUGACACGCCGUCACUAUUCACCUGUCGAGUACACCGGCCAUCCUGAUGCUGAGUUGGUGAUUGUGGCUAUGGGUGCUGGUGCCGCUGUUGUCGAGCAGACCUUGGCUCACCUCCAGAGCGUCUCUCCUCAGAAGAUCGGUGUCCUCAAUAUCCGCCUCUACCGUCCCUGGUCCGAUGCUGAUCUCUUGGCUCAUUUACCCGAAUCAGUUCGCCGAUUGGCAGUUUUGGAACCUGUUCAGGAUCACACAGCCACCUGGAACCCUCUUUUCCUUGAUAUCACCGCCGCAUUCCAGUCUUCUCAGCGCGACGAUGUAGAGAUCCUUAGUGGCCAAUACGGUGUUCACUCACUCGACUUUAACCCCGCUAUGGUCAACGCUGUGCUCCGCCAAUUGCGUCAGCCUACUAUCGAACGUCGUUUUGUUGUUGAUGAGAUUGUCAAGGCUGAGGAUGCUUUGGAUAUCAAGACCGAGGCAGAGCAGUUUAUUAUUGUUGGUGAUGCUGGUCUCUCCAAGAAGUAUGUCCAGAGUCAGCCCGAGUCAAGCGUCCAGCUCUAUACCAUCGAAAAGGAUGAUACCACUCACUCUCACAUCCGUAUCUCUACUCGCCCUGGAUCUCUUUUGCCUUCGCUCGUUCAGCAGGCCAAGGCCGUCGUAGUUGUAGAUGCUUCUGUCAACUCUGUUGAUUCUAUCAACCGCCUUGCUCCUCACGGUCUCGUUGCCUUUGGCGGUGUAUCUGCGAUCCAUCUUGAUGUCACACUCUCUUCUGCUGUCAAGAAAGCUGUUGCCACCAAGGGUGCCAAGGUUGUUUUGGUCGACAGCAAGGCUCUCUCUCACUCCAACUUUGACGAGAUCCUCAAGACUGCCGAGUUGGUUGAGGUUCCUGCUUCAUGGGCUACUAUUGAUGUGUCGGCUCCUCAAGUUCGCUCCAAGGCUCCUCAAUCCAAGUUGCCAAUCGAGACUCCUUACAUUCGUCUUUUGGACCAGGUCUUCCAGGACCGUCUUGAGAUUGCCAACGCUGUUCACAGUGCCUCCGUUUGGUCCGCCUCUGACGCUCAGCCCUCGGCUUCGUCUCCCGAGUUCGGUUACGGAAAGUUGGUCAGCAAGAUUCAGCAGCAGACACGUCUCAUUGAUACCGUCGAGAACCUUAUCAAGGACACCACUAUUCCCAGUGAGACUUUUAAGGCUCUUUCUAACUGGCUUCUCCUUGUCAAGUCUCCCUCGACUAAGCCUAACCAGCUCACCGAUGCAGCCAAUGCUGUCGUAAGCGUCCUGUCGGCCAACCCCAUCGCUUCCAUUUCUGCUGAGGACCAGGCCGCUCUAUUCCCUAAGUCCAACUGGCUUAUUGGAUCUGACAGCUGGUCUGCUGAUCUGGGCGCUUCUGGUGUCCACCAUGUCAUCUCGAGCGGUGAAAACAUCAACAUGCUUAUUGUUGACACCACUUCUUACUCUACCGAAGCCGAGCGCGAACAGCACAAGAAGGAUAUCGGUCUUUACGCCAUGAGCUUCGGCUCCGUCUAUGUUGCCUCUGUUGCCGUCUACUCUUCAUACACUGGUGUGCUCCAUGCUCUUAUUGAGGCUGAUGCCUACCAGGGUCCCUCUGUUGUGUUGGCUUACCUUCCUGUCGACAACCAGGUGUUUGAUCCAGUCAAGACUCUCAAGGAGACCAAGGUUGCUGUUGACUCUGGUGCCUGGCCCUUGUACCGCUGGAACCCUGUCCUUGAGGCUCAGAACAAGGAAGCCUUUACUCUCGAUUCUCAGCGUAUCAAGAAGGAUCUUGAGAAGUUCCUUGAGCGUGAGAACCACUUUUCUCAGAUCGUUUUGUCCCAGCCUGCUCUCAGCAAGACUCUUGUCAGCUCCCUUGAAUCUGAUGUCAAGAAGCGUCAGGAAGAUUUGAAGCGCAAGGCUCGUGAGGACUAUGCCAAGUUGUUGUCUGGUCUCGGUGGUGCUGAGGGUCCUCCUCUUACUGUCUUGUUCGGUUCUGACAAUGGUAAUGCCGAGGGUUUGGCCAAGAAGAUCGCUACUCGUGCCAAGGCAAGAAACCUCAAGGUCAAGUUUAUGGCUAUGGAUGACUAUGAGGAUAUCCAGGAGUUGGCCAACGAGACCAACCUUUUGAUUGUGUGUUCCACUGCUGGCCAGGGUGAACUUCCAUCCAACGGUCGUGAGUUCUGGAAGGCACUCAAUGCUCUUUUGGUUGGUGAGGUUCAGCUCAGUGAUCUUAACUUUGCUGUAUUUGGUCUUGGUGAUCGCAACUACUGGCCACGUGCUGAGGAUGCCUCGUUCUACAACCGUCCCGGAAAGAUUAUCGAGGCCAAGCUCGAGGCCCUUGGUGCUAACCGUCUUCUUGCUCUUGGUCUUGGUGAUGAUCAGGAUGCCGAUGGUUAUGAGACUGGUUUCCAGGCAUGGCAACCCGAGUUCUGGAAGGCUUUGGGCGUCAAGGAUGUUGGUGGUGAUGAAGAGCCUCCCAAGAUUACCGAUGACCAGAUGAAGAUCAACUCCAACUAUCUCCGUGGUACUAUUGCUGAGGAUCUUUUGGAUACUUCCCGUGGUGACAUCUCCGAGACCAACGGCAAGUUGCUCAAGUUCCAUGGCUCUUAUGGUCAGGAUGACCGUGAUCUUCGUGAGGAGCGCAAGAAGAUGGGACUUGAAAAGGCUUACAGCUUCAUGAUUCGUGUUCGCAUGCCUGGUGGUGUUUCUACUCCUGCCCAGUGGAUAGUUAUGGACAAGUUGGCCGAUUCCCACGCCAACGGUGCUAUAAAGAUGACCACUCGCCAGGCCUUCCAGUUGCACGGUAUUAUCAAAUCCAAGUUGCGCGAGACUAUCCGUGGUAUCAACCAUUCUCUCUUGAGUACUCUUGCCGCCUGUGGUGAUGUCAACCGUAACAUCAUGGUUACACCUGUCACUGAGAUUCCCGAGGUUCACGCUCAAGUCCAGAAGUUCAGUGAAGAAGUUAUGCUCCACUUGGCUCCCCGCACCAACGCUUACCACGAGAUUUGGUUGGCCGAUGAAUUGGUUGCUGGCCAUGCCGUUCAGGAUCACGAACCUAUCUAUGGCCCCACUUAUUUGCCCCGCAAGUUCAAGAUUGUCAUCGCUGUCCCUCCUAACAACGAUGUUGACAUUUAUGCUCACGAUUUGGGUUAUAUUGCUAUUGUUAAAGACAAGAAGGUCAUUGGUUACAACGUGAUGAUUGGUGGUGGUAUGGGUGCUACUCAUGGUAACAAGAAGACCUAUCCUCGUCCCUCUUCUAUGCUUGGUUAUGUUCCUGCCGAUGUUGCUGUCAAGGUCGGUGAGGCCGUCAUGACCACCCAGCGUGAUUACGGAGAUCGUACCAACCGUAAGCAUGCCCGUCUUAAGUACACUGUUGAUACCUAUGGUUUGGACUUCUUCAAGUCUGAGAUCGAGAAGCGUUCUGGUGCUACCUUUGCUGAGCCUGCUGAGUAUGAGUUUAAGGACAAUGCUGAUCGUUAUGGCUGGACCAAGGGUGAAGAUGACAAGUGGCAUUUCUGUAUGUUUGUUGAGAACGGUAAGAUUAAGGAUACUCCUGAGUUCCAGGUCCGUACCGGUCUUCGUGAAUUGGCCGAGUGGCACACUGGUGAAUUCCGCCUGUCUCCUAACCAGCACUUGGUUAUUGCAAAUGUCCCCGAGGCCGAUCUGGAAAAGACAAAGGCACAUCUGGCCAAGUACAAGAUGGACAACCUCUCAUUCUCUGGUCUCCGUCUUAAUGCAAUGGCCUGUGUCGCUCUUCCUACCUGUGGUCUUGCUAUGGCUGAGUCAGAGCGUUACUUGCCUACACUGGUUGGUCUUUUGGAACAGACUAUGGAAGAGGCUGGUUUGAAGGAUGAUGCUAUCACGAUUCGUAUGACUGGUUGUCCUAACGGUUGUGCUCGUCCUUACUUGGCUGAACUGGCUUUCGUCGGUAAGGCCCCUGGUGCUUACAACGUGUACUUGGGUGGUGGCCACAAGGGUGAGCGUCUCAACAAGCUGUACAAGGAAUCCCUUCGUGAGGCCGAGAUUCUUGCUGAGAUUAAACCUAUCAUUAAGCGCUACGCACUUGAGCGCAACGCCGGUGAGCCAUUUGGUGACUGGGUUAUCCGUGCUGGCUAUGUAAAGAAGACGAUCACUGGUCUUGACUUCCACGAUUAAAGAGUUUUAUUUUUCGUAUGCAUGUAUAUUCCCCAUUUCAUUUCUGUUUGAUUUUAACUGCAUUUUUCUUUUCUUUUAUACAACAACAAAAAAAUUCUAUCUUUAUCUCUACCUAUCUAUUUAUCUAUAUAUCUCUUAUUUAUUUCUACUUAAUAACAUUGAACUUGAAUUCGCCUAUG